CCCUCGGUUAAACAAAUGAGUACUUGAGCUCAGUAAAUAUUACCAAGAAGAGGACAUUUUGAAAUCAUCGGUUUGUUACCAUUUAUAUGUCAGAUCAACUGUUCAUUGGCAAUGUUUUCGAGCCCCAGUACGUCCACACCCUUCUCCGUUAAGGAUAUAUUAAACCUGGAGCACCACACUGGUGCUGAGGACCUGGUCUCACUGGACAUCUCUCCACGGAUGGACUGUGCCUUACCGACCUCCUGCAUGCUGGCCCGUCUGAAACAGGAGCCUCUCCGGGAGAUAUCGUCUGGAAGCUCGCUGUUUGGAGAGGAGCUCCAUGGUGUUAAAGCCAACAGAAAUACUGACUUCAACUUCGCCGCUGCCUUUUAUGGGAAAUCUUUCUUAGAAAUGGAUAUCAAGGAUGGGAAGACGGACAGCUUGGAGGGGAAACACAGGAAAGACAUGUCCUACAUCUCUCAGAGCGAGCCGGUGGAGGACCUGAAGUCAGAGGACCCGGAUCGAACCGCCAAACCCCGGAAGCGCAGGAAGCCGCGCGUGCUGUUUUCACAGGCGCAGGUGUAUGAGCUGGAGCAUCGCUUCAAGCAGCAGAAGUACUUGUCGGCUCCGGAGAGAGAUCACCUGGCCGGGGUGCUCAAACUGACCCCCACACAGGUCAAGAUCUGGUUCCAGAACCGCCGCUACAAGUGCAAGAGACAGCGACAGGACCAGAGCCUGGAGAUGGUUGGUAUCCCGCCGCCGAGACGAAUCUCAGUCCCAGUGCUGGUCCGAGAUGGGAAGCCCUGCCUUGGAGACUCGACGACCUAUAAUACUUCAUAUAAUAUGGGCCUCAACCAUUUCACGUAUAACAGUUACCCAGCGUUCAGUAAUUAUCCCAGUCCUGGCUGUAAUAUGAACCAUGCGUGUAACUAUCCCACCACUGCGGUGCAGUCUAUCCAGCCCUCACAAAACAACGGGAAUUACAUGAACUUCGGCGUGGGAGAGUUAAAUAACGUUCAAAACACGUUUCCGUCCGGCAAUGGAGUGUCUUCUUUACAUGGAAUCAGAGCGUGGUGAACGAAGUAUCGAAAUAUAACAUUAUCAUCAGACAAAUUAAUGAUGUUUUAAAUUGCAUGCGCUUUUACACAAUGGACUCAUCGGCCUCGAGU